CAUUACAGCAUUUAUUACCUACAGCAGUGUCUCUGUCAUCAUGGCUGGAUUCAGAUGUGCUUUAUUUACAUUAUUAUGGAUAUUUUCUCUGGCUGGAGAAGACCCACAACAGUUGAUAGUGAAGCCCGGACAGGAUGUCACUCUUCAGUGUCAGGCUCCCAGAGAUGCUGACAUCAGUAGGUUGACGUGGCGCAGACCUGACCUGGGGUCAGAUUAUGUCUUCUUCUUCAGAGAUGGCCGCCCGAAUGUAAACUUCCAGCAUUCAUCGUAUCGUGGUCGAGUGCAGCUGAGUGUUCCCGAGAUGAAGGACGGAAAUGUUUCUAUUGUUCUGAAGAACGUCACCUUCAACGACACCGGGACGUACCAGUGUCAAAUUUUAACCAGCGGGGGAGACGGAGCUAAACUCAUCAACACCAAGACCCUGAAUGUCACGGACUCAGGUCACACAGAUGGACGCACCGGGGUAGGAAGAGAAACUGAUGGAGGAGACAAGGAUGGAGGAAGCAAGAAUGGAGGAAGCAAGGAUUUAAGACUUGCAAAUGAUCUGGGAAUGGUUGUUGUUAUUGCUGUUUUAUUGUUGUUUGACUAAUCCUUAAAAAACGUAAAAAGUAAGUGGUAGGGCUUUUUCAUAUUCAUAGUCCAAGCUAGAGUGAGAGAUGCCCUGCCCUGUAAUCAGACACAACAUAAUGGUAUUGAAUGUGGUUUGAAGCAUAUUUUAGCUUUGCACCUCCCCCCCACCAUCUUAAUAAGUGUGCUUUAUGAAUCCUGCGGAGGCUCCAGGCAGAGUGUUCUCCAUCACCUACAUAAGUGGCCUGAAGUUUAUACUUUUGCGUUGGUUUGUGCGUCGAUCGAAUUAAGUGAAUAGCAGGCCCUGCAUAUGUGUGUGUGUGGCUGGUAGAGUGACUGAGAAAGUGACUGUGAUUAUCUUCAGAGUGAGUAGCGACUCUACAGUCAUAGUGAGAGAAACAAAGAGUCUCCCCUGUGCUUUCUGACCA